GUGACUGACCGGGCACCUACUUGGGCACCAACCCCAGCUCCCACUCUGCGGUUGGGUUCCUGCGCUCGCGUGGAACCAGCGCCUGAGCUGCCCACGGUGGCUGGCGAGCGGUGAGCGGCUUCUGCCAGCCCAAGGAGGCACGGGCCUGUCCUGGGUCCUCCCAAGUCGGUAAGAAGCCGAGCGCUGCCUGCGGACCCCGGCCAGAGGUAGAGGUGUGCGCAUUUGUUGUGGCUGACGCUCUGUGAGACCUGAAGAGAAGGAGCUACCUGCCCAGGAUCCCCACAGGACAGGAACAGAAUGGAAAAUCCCGACCUGGAAAAACUCUGCAAUGAAAAUGAAGAAAAGGAAGAAAAUGCAGAAGAAAAAAUAGAGCCUGAAGAUGAAAGAAAGUCAGAAGAGAAAGGGAAGCCUGACCAUGAGGGGAAGCCAGCAUGCGAGGGGAAGCUAGAGGGUGAAAUAGAGCCAGAUGUUGAGGGACAUGGGAAAGAGGAGGGCAAGCCCGAAACACAGGGUAAGUUGGGCAAGCCACAGGAUGAGGGCAAGCCAGAAUCCCAGGCACAGCCGCCCAGCAAACAGCAGGCUGCUGAAAAGCGCCCCAUGGAAGAUUAUGUGCCCCGCAAAGCAAAAAGAAAAACGGAUAGGGGGGCUGAGGAUUUCCCCAAGGACUCUCAGGAGAAUUUACCGAACAGUCAUUUGAGCAGGCAGGGGAUGAUGAGAGAGUUUGCAGACAUGUCAAGGUCUCAGGAACAGCUAAAGAAAAAGCAGAGGAUGAAUAAUUUUCAUUGGAUGCAAAGAGAGCUACUAGAUGCAUAUCCCCCAAGGGGCCCAAGGGGGAUCAGGGGAGUGAGGGGUGGAGGUAGGAGCCAAAGAGGAUUGCAGGAUAUCCCAUAUCUUUAAUUCCUUUGGUCUUUGAUUCCUACUUUGCUGAUGAGCAUAGUCCUGGACCUGCUUACCCUGGUAGAUAUUUUCUGGAUCCUGUGCUUUAACCUUAAGCUGAUACCUUGCUUUAGGUAUUACUGUCCUUACCAACAGCCUUUUGACCCAACUACAGCGCUUUGCCUUUUAGUACAGUACUGGAUUUUCUUCCAUAUGCAUGUACAUUGUAAAACAAUAAUAAAAAAGUUUGCAGA